GGUUAACAAAAAAGUAUUCGCCAUGAAAGCAAUGUUGAUCUUCGUAUUAGUUUGCACUGUUUCAGUAACCUUUGUAUCAUGUCGCGAAGACGAUUGUGUUUGCGACAAUACCAAAGAGUAUUGGCCAGUUUGCGGUAGCGAUGGUAAUACAUAUGCCAAUAAAGGAGAAGUUAGAUGUCAUAAUCAGUGCCAUCCCGAUGACCAUGUAAAGAUCGUUAACCCCAACGGACCUUGUCACUGAAUGUUUGAAGGAGAUUUUUUAUUGUUAAAAUAAAUAAUGUAUUAUCAAUAAAUAAAUAAUAACAUAA